AUGUAUUUUACCGGCCCCGUUGAAUCUUCAUCAUCAGCCAACAAUCUUAAUGGCUCUGAGCCACGGGACGACGUGAGGCCCAUCGGCUCCUCGCCAAGGACUGAUCAGUAUGUUGCGUUGUUAAGCGCUUACCUAGCCGAUGCUGCUUCGUUGCGAUCGCCGGCGACUGUUGUUGAACGUUCAUCCCCCGCCUCGCCUUCUUUGCCGGCGGAUGAUUCUAGCCCUGUGGCCGAGGAUUUGACCGACGAUGGGUCAUAUUUACUCCAUUUUCUGGGUUUGGAAAGCCUACGUGCGUGUUCAGAGGGACAAGUUACUGAUAAUGCAGGAACAAGCACUGAUGUCCCUACCGACCAGAAACCAACGAUUCAUAAGGAUUCAGACGAAUCUUUUAACGGCAGCCACCAGGAUGACUCAUUCAAAAAUCCUAAUAAUGGCAGUUCAAGUCAAAGUGAAGUUGGAGCUAUUCAUUGUAAUUAUUCUGGGGGAUCUCAUCAAGAUUGGAACAUCCACAACACAAGUUUCAAUCGCAAAGACCUGCACACGCCACCUUAUAGAGGAUUCAAUUAUCGUGUUUUAUAUUAUCCUGAUCACGAUCCCAUUCACUUCAACCCAUCAAUAAUGCCGUAUUAUCCAGUAAAUGAUCAUAUAGCUCCAAAUCCUGAUGAUUUAUGUGCUAAGAUUGUAAGACAAAUUGAGUACUAUUUCAGUUUCGAUAAUUUGAUUAAAGACUCAUACUUUCGACAACAUAUGGAUCAUCAAGGAUGGGUUCCCAUUCAGUUUAUAGCUGCCCUUCCUGAGAUGAGAGAAUUGACAAAUAGUCCUCGACUGAUAGUGGAAGCUCUUAGAACAUCACUCGCGAUGGAAAUUUUGGAUGAUAAGAAAAUAAGGCCACGUUACCAACAGGCCUGGGACCAGGUUUAUUGAAAGAGAAUAACCCUCACAGUAUGACGAAUCA